AUGGUGCACCAUACGAUGAUCCUAGCAUGGAGCAUGGUGGUAUUCGUGAAUGUGCCUGCCAUAUGUGCCUCAGAGGAUCAAAGAAAUGACACCGAGAGUGAGAUGUACAUCGGUUGCUUCAAAGUGACAAUAUCCAACGGGAAGAAAACCUCGGCGAGCUCUGUGGCCCAGUGCAGGUCCUACUGUUCAAACAACGAGAAUAACAUGAUAGCUUUGCGAAAUGGGCACGAAUGUUUCUGCGUUGUUCGUGCCGACGCCAAGGUUCAUGCUUCCGAAUGCAACAUCAGUUGCUCUGGAGACAAGAAGUUAUGUGGAGGCAACAGUUCCUACGUAGUUUACAGAGUAAAAGAAGUGAGGAGCGUUUCAAAUUCAAUAUUGGGCAAAAUAAAUCUAAACACUGAUGAUCACAAGUACAAGUUCGUGAGAGGAUACGGUGAAUUUUCGUUUGCAUCUUGUUCGGAAAUAUGCAGUAGUUACAACUUGACCUACUUCUUCAUGCUGCCGAAAAAAGUGAACAAUUGCAUAUGUUUCGUGCAAGGCAUAGAGCCGGAUUUGGAUCUUGCAGACAAAGGAACGUGCCAGAUUCCUUGUCCAACUGGCUCCCAGUGUGACGUCUGUUUCUCCUACAACAUUGAUAGCUACGUCAUGAUCUUCACAAAUUGUUUGUCACUGAAUGGCGAUUGUGGCAAGGAGUUGAAAUGUGUGGUGGUGGCCGUAAAUGGGCGGUCCUACCAUGAGUGUGUCUGCCCGAAAGGCAAAGUUCUGAAUCGCUUCCAACGAUGCGAAUCUUACAGAGUGAAUCUUGCGUACCUCAAGAAGGCCUACAUAUAUUACGAAGAUGCCAGCUCAUUGUUAGAUGGAUCACAAGUAACAGAUGGUCUGAUCGUUCAGGAAACAUCAACCAAACUAGGUGUGCGAUGGAUCGGUGUACAGUUGAUGAAGGAUUAUUACAUCGCUUACGUCACAGUGUUCAAUUCUCUUCGCUACACUGGGGCUGAUGGUCCGUAUUUGAAGAAUUUUUCAGUAGGUCUUGGAAAUGUGUCGCGAAGUAUUUUGAAUGACUUCAGCAUGGAAGCGGUUGUACUGUGUGGAGAUUUCUCGUCAGAGUCCAAUGAGGGCAUUCCGAUGAGAAUAUUCUGCGAAAACACGGCGGUGACGACAAACUUUGUGGUUGUUUAUCCCAAAGACGGAACUAAGAAUAGCAACAUUGGUCUGAACGAAAUUGAAGUCUACCCUCUUGGCAAGGAGAAAUAA